AUGUCGGAGGUGAGAGCCUUCACGCUGAGUCAUAUCAAGACGGAGGAAGGACAGAUCAGCAAGAGAGCGGCGGAAAGCCGAGAGGCGGGGGGCAACAAUAAGGAAGGAAAUAAGCAUCUCCGACCACGAUCGGACUGGAGUAAACAACGUGACCGUUACAACUUGAAGGAGGGCAAUUACAGGCAGGCCGAUCACGGUUGUCGGGCAAGGGGCGAGUGGACCCGCAACAUUGGCGAAGAGAAGUUUUCCCCACUCAAUGUUCCCAGGCGACAGAUACUUCACGAUGUGAACAGCGCAUCGCUGUUUGAAUUUCCAGCGGCAACGGAACGUCAAUUGGGACCCUUUAAAACUGAUUGGUGUGAGUUCCGUAGAGCUCAUGGACACUCCACUGAAAAUUUCUUUGUCCUAGGGAGGCAGAUCGAGCGUUUGAUCAAGGAGGGGUGGCUGAAAGAGUUUGUGGCAAGAAAACAGGAAGGAGGCUCGUCGGAUAGGCGACACAGGCGCGCACAGGAUGACACCAGGAGGGAUAGGCGUAGAGAGAGAACUCCUCCCAGAGACACACCAACGAAGGUGUCGGAAACCCACCAGCAACCCAUCCAAAGGGACUUCAAUACCAUCGCAGGGGGCUUCGCAGGCGGAAGAGCUACCUCAACAGCCCGAAAGAGGUACUCUCGGUCGGUGCUGACAGUAUCAGAAUUCAGGCGACCGUCUCAGCCUGAGAUUUCGUUCUCAGACUCGGAUUAUGAAGGAGUAGCCCCUCACGAGGACGACCCCGUCGUCAUAUCGGCGAUUGUUAUGGGGUACAAUGUGAAGCGAGUGUUGAUUGAUCAGGGAAGUUCCGCAGACAUCUUAUUUUGGGAAGCCUUUGAGGGGAUGAAGAUACCUAACGACCGACUCAUUCCUUAUGCAGGGACUCUAGUGGGUUUUGCAGGAGACCAGGUCAUCGCGAGGGGAUACGCCGAUCUGGAGACGAACUUUGGUGAAGGAGUUCAGAUGAAGACGGUAGUCGUUCGGUAUUUGGUGGUGAAUGCUCAGUCAUCCUACAGCAUACUGAUCGGCAGACCGACCCUGAACAAGUUAGGAGCGGUAGUGUCUACUUCCCAUCUGAAGGUAAAGUAUCCGUUGCCGAACGGUACUGUGGGGGUCCUUAGAGUAGACCAGGAGGUUGCUCGAAAAUGCUAUGGGGAUAGUUUAAAGGCACGAAGGCGACUGUACACUGUGCAGGUAGAGUAG